UGGAAGUGCACGGAGCGUGGUGAAGGUCGUCUUUGUGAAGGCGUAUUUUCUUUCCUGUGUGACUUGUGUUGCGUAGUCCCAGUACUCCAACCUCAGGGUUUUGGAGUCACUACGGACCUUAAGUCUCAGCACCCGGCCUUCACCUCAAGUAAAUCCAGACGACGCCGUUACAGGUCGGAUUGAAUUCUAAAGACUCAGUCUGAGGAAGAAGCCUGGAAGAGGAGGAAGAGGGAAGAAAAGGAAUCAGAAAUGGCUCUUUCUCAGGGACCAUUGACAUUCACAGAUGUGGCCAUCGAAUUCUCUCAGGAGGAGUGGGAAUGCCUGGACCCUGCUCAGAGGGCCUUGUACAGGGACGUGAUGUUGGAGACCUGCGGGAACCUGAUCGCUAUUUUACUGUCAUGGUUGGGAAGCUUCAUAACUCUGUAUAUCUCUCAUGUACAUGUGAUCAAGAAAUUAAAACUAAAUGCAAACAUUGAUAGCGGAGAAGUAUUCCAGACCAUGAUGUUGGGAAGACGUGAAAGGAAUGAAAUCAAACAGUUUUACCUCAGGGGAAUCCAGCACAAAAACAACUUUGAGUCUCAGCCAAGAGAUAAGGAAAGAAAUUACAAAGGAAAGCCUAUAACCCAUAACGAAAAUCUCACUGAUAAGAGAGAUCAGCAUGGUGGAAGUAUUGCAGGAAUCAAGCCUAUUGGAAACAGGCUUGCGUUAAGCUUUCGGGAUGAACUGCGUAUUAUUAAAAUUGAAGAGGAAACUAAUGAAUGUAAUCAAGCUGACAAGAGUUUCAGCAGUAGUGCCUCAUUCUCACCCCUUCAAAGAAUUUCUCCUAGUAUCCAAACCAGCAUUUCUAAUUCACAUGGGAAUGAUUUUAUGUAUCCUUCAGUACUGACACAAGACCAGCAAGAGCACAGGGAAAUACCUUACAAAUGUAAUCAGUGUGGCAGAACAUUUCAUCGGGUCUUAAACCUCACUCAACAUCAGAUGAUCCAUAUAGGAGAGAAAAUAUAUAAUUGUGAUGUAUGUUGCAAAGUCUUUAGUCAAAAUUCAGACCUUGCAAUUCACCAAAGAAAUCAUACUGGAGUGAAACCUUACAAAUAUAACGAGUGUGGCAAAACCCUUAAUCAUGGCUCACAUUUCACUGGACAUCAGAUAGUCUGUACAGAAGAGAACUUAUAUAGAUGUAAUGUAUGUGAAAAAGUGUUUAGUCAAAGUGCAUACCUUGCAGUUCAUCAAAGAGUUCAUACUGGAGAUAAAUCUUACAAAUGUAGUGAAUGUGGUAAGGUCUUUAGUCAAAAUUCAUCCCUUGCAAAACAUUGGAGAAUUCACACUGGAGAGAAACCUUACAAAUGUAUUGAGUGUGGCAAGGCCUUUAGUCAAAAAGGAAACCUUGCAAAUCAUUGGAGAAUUCAUACUGGAGAGAAACCUUACAAAUGUAAUGAGUGUGGCAAGGCCUUUAGUCAAAAAGGACAGCUUGCAAAUCAUCAGAGAAUUCAUACUGGAGAGAAACCUUACAAAUGUCAUGAGUGUGGCAAGGUCUUCAGUGAGAGGUCAACCCUUUUCUGUCAUCAGAGAAUUCAUACUGGAGAGAAACCUUACAAAUGUAAUGAGUGUGGCAAGACCUUUUAUUUUGGCUCACACCUCAUACAGCAUCAAAUCAUCCAUUCAGGAGAUAAACCAUAUCAAUGUGAUGUAUGUGGGAAAGUCUUUGGUCAAAAUUCAUACCUUGCGGUUCAUCGGAGAAUUCAUACUGGAGAGAAACCUUACCAAUGUAAAGACUGUGGCAAGAUCUUUAAUCACAGCUCAAACCUCAGGAGACAUCAAAUAAUCCAUACAGGACAGAAAUUAUGUAAAUGUGAUAUAUGUGGCAGAGGCUUUAGUUAUAAUUCAGACCUUGCAAUUCACCGGAGAGUUCAUACUGGAGAGAAACCUUAUAAAUGUAAUGAGUGUGGCAAGGUCUUCAAUCGGAAUUCAAGUCUUGUAAUUCAUCAGAGAAUCCAUACUGGAGAGAAACCUUACAGAUAUAACGAGUGUGGCAAAACCCUUAGUCAUGGCUCACACCUCACUGGACAUCAGAUAGUCCAUACAGAAGAGAACUUACAUAAUGUAUGUGAAAAAGUGUUUACUCAAGUUUCAUACCUUGCACUUCAUCAGAGACUUCCUACUGGAGAUAAACCUUACAAAUGUAGUGAAUGUGGUAAGGUCUUUACUCGUAAUUCCAAGCUUGCAGCACAUUGGAGAGUUCAUACUGGAGAGAAACCUUACAAAUGUAAUGAGUGUGGCAAAGUCUUUAGUGAGAGUUCAACUCUUGUCCGUCAUCAGAGAAUUCAUACUGGAGAGAAACCUUACAAAUGUAAUGAGUGUGGCAAGGUCUUUAGUGAGAGAUCAACCCUUGUCUAUCAUCAGAGAAUUCAUACUGGAGAGAAACCUUACAGAUGUAAUGAGUGUGGCAGCUGCUUUAGUCGAAAGGCAUACCUUGCAAAGCAUCAGAGUGUUCAUAGGAAAGAGAACCCAUGCAAAAGUAAAGACUACUGAAAAGCCCUUACUCAGAUCUCAACCCUCACUACACAUCAGGCCUUUCAUGAUGGUCUCUGGGAAGAAAUCAACAAGAUGAAGAUGCCACCUUCAUCUUAUGAAGGUGUGUUUCCUUCGCAUCAUGUUCCUUGGAAAAGCAAGAACCCUGAAUUACCAGAUUGAACUGGGAAGGGCAGAGAAUAACGUAAAACUGAAAUAAUGUAAAACAAUGACAUGAUUCAUACUCAUUAUGUUCAGGUAGCUCGUCUGUAGAUCAGCCACAGUGGGUUAUAGGACAAUGCUCUACCAACUGACAUCGAACAGAGCAGGAAGAACCAUAAGGAACUGGUCUUUUCUUGAGAGUGACAGGUCACUAGGGACUGAAUAUGUGGUAGGAACAGUACACAAGAAAAGUGGGUCAUUUUCUCCAUUGCAUGGCAACAGGUGUUUUGUUUUUUUUUUUAAUUUUAUUUAUUAUUUUUGGGGGGGUACACCAAGUUCAAUCAACUGUUUUUAUACACAUAUCCCUGUAUUCCCUCCCUUCCUUGACUCCCCCCCCCCCCAGUCCCCUCCACCCUCCCCGCACCAGUCCUCUAAGGCAUCUUCCAUCCUCAAGUUGAACUCCCUUUGUUAUACAACUUCCCACUGGCUAUCUAUUUUACAGUUGGUAGUAUAUAUAUGUCUGUGCUAUUCUCUCGCUUCGUCUCAGCUUUCCCUUCACCCCCCGCCCCCUCCCAAACCUUGAGUUCUCCAGUCCAUUCUCUGUAUCUGUGUCCUUGUUUUUGUCACUGAAUUCAUCAGCACCAUUUUUAGAUUCUGUAUAUGAGUUAGCAUACAAUAUUUGUCUUUCUCUUUCUGACUUACUUCACUCUGUAUGACAGACUGUAGUUCUAUCCACCUCAUGACAUAUAGCUCCAUCUCAUCCCUUUUUAUAGCUGAGUAAUAUUCCAUUGUAUAUAUAUGCCACAUCUUCUUUAUCCAUUCAUAUGUUGAUGGGCAUUUAGGUUGCUUCCAUGUCCUGGCUAUUGUAAAUAGUGCUGCAAUAAACAUUAUGGUACACGUUUCUUUUGGGAUUAUGGUUUUCUUUGGGUAUAUGCCCAGAAGUGGGAUUACUGGAUCAUAUGGUAGUUCUAUUUGUAGUUUUUUAAGGAACCUCCAAAUUGUUUUCCAUAGUGGCUGUACCAACUUACAUUCCCACCAACAGUGCAGGAGAGUUCCCUUUUCUCCACACCCUCUCCAACAUUUGUUGUUUCCAGAUUUUGUGAUGAUGGCCAUUCUGAUUGGUGUGAGGUGAUACCUCAUUGUGGCUUUGGGCAACAGGUGUUUUAUGCAUGUAUGUUUAACGACAAAUUAGUCUUAUUUGGGAGAAUUGAAUGGAGAGUAGUUUACAUGCGACGAAGAUUUAAUUAUGGGUUGAGGCUUGUUAGAGGAGAAGCUUAGGGUUUGAACUUUCAGUUUCUAUCAAAGGAGGGCCUUUUAAUCAUCUUGUCCAGAUAGGCUUGUGGAGAUCUCAUCCACACGGAUGAACCUGAAUGUGAGUGGCAGGGCGGAAUUAAGAAAAUUCACACAAGAAUUUAGGAGAGCAUGGGGUCGGGACUCAAGACCAAGCAAGUCAAGAGUCCCGAGCUCUGAUUCCCAUAGCAUAUUUAUUGAGAAAGAUCAUAAGCAUUCUAGGAGAGACUGGAUUAUAAAUCAUGAUAAUGGACAUCACAAGGCAUAUGCUUCAAUUAGAGAUAAAAGCAGAACACCUUGUUUUUUAUGACUACUAGAGGAGAUAGUUAAUCUUUAACUCAGAGCUGGAGGCUGGAGCCAUUGGCCUGUAUGACUGCUUUAUCUCAAUCAGUUUUCCUUGAGACUAGUUCUGCUUUCAGAACUGCUUGCAGCUAGGUAGCAGGUCAUGCCCUCUCAGGAUUGUUACUCCAAGUCAGUGUCCUCUCUGGUUCUCUACAUAGGCUGAAUAGGAAAAGGAUUUCCUGAGGAUUAAAAGGUGUCAAUAGUCAAAUAUCGAAAAAUAGCGUCAGACUGUUUAAUAAAACACUGAAUGCUUACUCUUGAAAUUCCUGAUUUCUUGCUUUGGAAAACCACUCCCUUCCUUCCUUCUCUUCCUUCCUUCCUGCCUUCCUUCCUGCCUCCCUCCCUCCCUCCCUCCCUCCCUUCCUUCCUUCCUCCCUCCCUCCCUUGUCUUAGUUUUGGCAGCCAGGCUCAAUUGUGGCACAAGAACUCUAGUUUCAGCAUGCACAUGGGAUCUAAUUACCUGAACAGGGAUGGAACUCAUGCUACCAGGGAAGUCCCCCGUUUUCUUUUAAAUACAUUUUUUUCUUCAGCAUUAUUUUUUUCCCUCCAGACAUAUUCCAUUUUUACACCAAGGGAUGUAUAAAUCUGUGAGUGUUUUCAGACUCUUGUGACAUGAAUAUGAACAACUCAGUGACUUUUAAAAAGUAGGUGCACUAUGAACAUGAUAAAAGAGUAUUCCUUUAAGUGUUCGAGUUAAUGAACUACCUGGAAGGGCAAGAUGCUGAGAUGUGGCUAUGGUAAAAUGCUUGAAAAUCGAGUUUGUGGAGAUGAACAAGCAUGCAGUGAACUGAAUGAAAUUAUAAGGAUAAAUAAGAAAGAGCUCAAGAUUCCAAGCACAGUUUUGUGACAGUGAGACAAUCUCCAUUCCAAAAUGCUUGCAAACCAUUCUGUCUCUUCUCAGUGACUGGUUUUCACAUUCAGAGCUAGUGGAUUUUGCAGAGAAAAUAAGAUUUGGGUUACUUGUAUAUACAGUGACAACUGACACCCAAUAUCCUCCACUUAGAAUUUGACCCUGACCAAAAUUAAAAUAUUUUCUCUGGGUAUUUAUUCUCAUUUCACAAUUGAAGGGUUGUAGGACGAAGUGAAGUUUAUAACCAUUCAGUUGCAUCACAGCAAGUGGCUAAAUCAGGAAAUGAAUCCACGUUGUCUGACUUCAAAGAGAAAUCUCUUAAUCAUGGUGAUACGCUAACAAGGCCAAUUAUUUCUAUCCUUCAGCUACUCAACAUCCGUAGUUAAUUUUGUAUCUGUUACCUUUUUUCUUAAAUUCUGAAAGUUUCAUCCAUUUAAAAAUUUUCUUUAAUUCAGAUGGAGUUCAUCAAUUCUUAUCAGUUAAUCUGUUACCAUUUUUAAAUGACUUAACUUCAUAUAUAAUAUAAUUGUGCUUAUGGUAGCUUCCUAUUAUGGCCAUACAAACAUAUCUCUUCUUAUUGCACUUUGCUUUAUUGUGUUUCACAGAUAGGGUGUUUUUUAACAAAUUGAAGGUUUAUGGCAACCAUGCCUAGAGUAAGUGUUUGGCACCAUUUUUCUGACUGGAUUUAGUCACGUCUUGUCUCUGUCCCGUCUCUGUCCCAUUUUGAUGAUUCUUGCAAUACUUCAAACAUUUUCUUUAUAUUUAUUAUGUUCUCUAUCAUCAGUGAUCUUGAGGUCACUAAGUUUUUUGUUUACUCAUUUACCACACCACUCCGUGAAUGGGAAACUCCUGCUGCCCUGCUGCCAAAGGAGAAGCCUGUGAAUGGGUUUUAUUCGAUCGUUUUCUUGUGGCACAGGUUGUUAAACACAGUACUUCAUGAAGCAGUUGACAGGGCUGAGGUGCAGGGAGGAAUAGGACUUGGGGCAGGUUGUUCGAGGUGUAUUUCUAGGGGAGCUGCCCCACGGAAUAUUCCAUGAUGAUGCCCCACAGACAAAGCACCAAGUGCGGGUGCAGGCAGUGAGCAUGGGCCAUUGCCUGAGGCAUGUACCUUCAUUAGGUUCCAUGCAUGAAGUGUUUUGGGUUCUUGGGUUCAGGCUGCAUUUGUCAGUUCAAACUAAAAAGGACAGGAAUUGGUAAGCUUCCUUGCUGGAAGAGUGUCUCAUCCAAAGAAUCAGGGGUGAGCCCUGGGUGACGGGAAAAUGGUUAUCACAAGGGCAGCUGUGCGAGUCAUAUCAGGAACUUCAACUUACUGUGAAAAUAAAAAACAAAAAAGACUCUGAGCUCACAAUGCAGGGGCCCCGGGUUCGAUCCCUGCUCAGGGAAUGAGAUCCAGCAUAGCUGUCCCAGUUAAGAUUUCCAGUGCUACAACAAAGGAGCCCACCUGCUGAAACUAAAGACCAAAUCAAUCAAUAAAUAAACAUUAAAAAAAAAAGUAAAUAGCUAAAAUAUGUUACAAUUGUAAAAUAAAAGCAAAGGUUCUAAUUACAUUAUUUUUAGUUAUAUUUUACUUGUAUAAUAUGCCAUAAAUGUUUUUGUCAAGAUAUUUGAUGGAAAUUAUUAAGUGUAGAAUAGGAUAAGUAUUUUAAAUAAUAACGCCUCAUCAAAUGAAUACAAAGUUUCUCUUGUUUGCUUUCUCUUUUUAUUGUGUCUGUGAAAUGACAUGCUAACUAAACUUACAGUUCUAAUCAUUUCACAAGAUAUGUAAGUCAGAGAACUCUGUAAUACGCCUUUACUAUAUCUCAACUAUUUCUCUGUUAAAAUCUGGGGGAAAUGUGGUAUUAAAAGGCAAAAAGCAAAACCAACAAAUAAUUUGCCUAAAAAAAUAAAAGAAUACUACACUGUAUUGCUCUUUUUAUAGCCAUGGUUAGUGCCCGAAAGUAUCACAUGCCUUAGUCCACCAGUCUCAGACCCCAGGUCUAGUCCCUCAUUGUCUGGAAAUGAGCAGUGUUGAGUUUGGCCUCCUGAUUGAAUAGUGGAUAGAAACAGAAUGUCUUUUCUGUAGAGUUUGAGUAUGAAAAAGCCCAUUCUGCACAAAUAGACUUCUGUAAUUAUAUCAUUUUAGUUUGUAUUAAAAGAGAAGCACACCUCUUCUUUCC